UUUAUAACAAAGGGGAGGGGCCUAAUUCAAAACUUCACUGGGCGCCCCACAAGGCCUCUGCAACGGAUUCAACGCGGACUCUGCGGGAGGGAAGAAAGCAGACUGUUGCCGACAUUUUCUCAGCAGCAUUGAACGCCUUGAACGAUCCUUGUGUUGUGAAGAUGCUGUGGAAGUAUAACCUGGCUGCUCAUUCUCUGGCAGGAUUCUUCGAAAGCUUUACGGUGGACAGAUUCUGCAGGUUCUGCAUGGCAACAAGGGACGAGAUGCAAGCCAAAGAGAUGACUGCAAACCAGAAAAUGACCAUGAGAGUCAUUCUAACAGAGGCAGAUAUAAGGAAAGUCAUCCUACAUUCAAGGCCUUCUACAGUAAAAGACUUGAUAACCAAGCUUCGAGAGUCACUGGGACUUCAAUACAACUUCAGUCUCCAAUUCCAAGACCCUGAAUUCAAUAAUGAACUAUGUAAUCUAACAGAUCUUCAAGAACUUCCAGAAAAACCAACCAUUAAAGUCCUGCCUGUCUUUGACCUGGUGCCUGUCUCAUCUGAUGACGUCUUUAGCGACACAAGUACUGCAGAUACAGAGAUACUCUCACAUUCACCUCAGGAUCGACGUGAACCAUGGCCAGAAUUUUUUGACAUUCCAACAUUUUCUGUUGAUGUGGAGUAUAGACUGAGGCAAGCAGAUUUGCUGUUUAUGAGUGAAGGAACACACCUUAAGGUCUCAAAAGAGCUGAAACAUGAGAUACUAGAGAGACUGGCAGAAAGCAUGUAUAGCUACACAGCAUACCCAACUGCUGCUCAGUUUGAAAGUGUUGCAACAGCACUGAUAAACAAACACCCCUGUCUCCAGGAGCGAGGCUCUGUCACUCGCUGUUGUGGUUGGAAAAAUAGUCUAAAGCAUAAAAUGGGAAAUUAUAGAACAAAGCGCAGGCAAUCAGGAUGCCUUGAUGUUGCAGUAAAUGCCGGUAAGCGGGGAAGGCAUUCAUCAGAUGGACAACCAGCAAACAAGCGGAUAAAAAAGGCAAAGAAAGGUGAAAUCAACUACUUGCCCAACUUUCCGGAUGGAUUUGAUCAAGCUGCCCUGGAAGAGGCCCGUAAGGACUUGGCUGAUGAAAUGCAGAAGAGAACCCCAAAUGGACUUCUUGUAAAACAAAAGAUGGAUCAGACUUUUGCUUUGAGAAGAAAAGAGGUUGUGGACUCUGAACCCCCCAUAAACAUGAUGGUGAAACGCUGGCCUGCCCUCUUCACAGAAGAUCAGGUGUUCAUGGAGUUCAGCAGGAUUGUGGGCAAGAACCUCAAGCAGGAAUUUUAUGAGAACAUCGAUCGGCACAGUCCUCGUUUCCUUGAGUUAUUUCGUUCCAAGAGAGGGAAUGUUGGACAGUUGUUGACUCAGAUUUCACAACAGACCAAUACUACUGACCCAACUGCAAUCCGGACACAGGUGCUCAGAGGGCUUCCAAUCAUCCUGGGGGACAAUCCUUCAACCUUCUUCAAAGCAGGCUUUGAAUCAGAUGCUGAUUUUUUCCGUGACCUUGACAUCGGGAUUCUUCUCACUGAGCGUGAAGAGGCUGUGCUCACAUCUGCCCAGCAUCCAAGUCCAACCUUGUUGAAAAUUAUCAUUGAGGGAGAAGUCGUGAUGGAAAACAUCCAAGAUCUGCCUAAAGCAAUGUGCAUUCUGUUUGGACUCACGUAUGCACUCCAUCUUAACUAUCCUAAAAGUAUGAAGCUGACCUUUCUGUUCAUCCAACAGAUUUUGCUCUCAUUAGGCCACACUGACCUAAAGCCAAAGAUACAAUCUUUGAAAAAUCAGCUUACAAUGUAAAGUGAUGUCAUCUCUACUGUGACAUGUUUGUUUUUUUUCCUCACCUUUUUGGUUCUGUAAAACAGCCCAACAAAAAGGCACAAAACGCAGAAACAGACACAUUCAGCACCCA